CAUCGCAGAUUCGCAGAGCAAACGGGCGAAAACCAUGGCGGCGGUUCUGUUGGCGAAGUUGCACUUCCGUUGUGUCGUACGUUUUUCCGACCGAGAGUACAAGCGCUGAAGAGAUCGUACCAUAAAAGUUGAAUCAGGAUCAAGAAUGAGUCAAACCGGUCAAUCUGGUAAAUCGGAUGAAGAUGGCGAGGAUCAAGAAGGCUCGUCCUUCUCGGACACCAACAUCGAGGAUGCGCUAACAUCUUUCCGGGAACAAUGGCAACGCGAGUUGGUUCUGUCACCGAAACGGGACACCUCCAAGGCUUCCUCCUCGAAAUCGGUCGAAAUCAACGUCGACUACAGCGAGGAAAACAUCGAGGACAAGGCGAAAAAUUUGUUUUUGAUAGGCAUCGAAUACGAGAAAAGUCGAAAAUUUUACGAGGCUAUUCAGUUUUACAAACGCGCCGUACAAUUAGUUCCUGACAUUGAGUUUCGGUUGUAUGAGUCGACUAAGAUGAUAACGAUCGACGAAAACCAUGAAAGCUUAGACAAUGAUUCGGUCAGUGUUGAUAAUAACGAUGAGAAUCAUAACGAUGAAGAGGAAGAGGAAAGUGAUUUAUUUGUUAAGCUAUGCAAAAUUGUAAACCGCAAUAAAUGUGUUUGUUUUCCUAAAUUUGAGCAAAAUACAACACACAUUUCUGCUCUGCCUAUGGAGAUAGUGCUUUAUAUUUUGAGAUGGGUCGUGUCCUCCGAGCUAGAUAUGAGGUCCCUGGAAAUGUUCUCCAGGGUGUGUCGUGGAUUUUACAUAUCUGCCAGAGACUCUGAGAUUUGGAGGCUCGCCUGUAUCAGAGCAUGGGGCGUGAAUUGUGGCACAUACGAGCCGGCGUACCAGUCAUGGAGGGAGAUGUACUUAGAGCGGCCUAGAUUGAGGUACAACGGAUGCUACAUCAGCAAGACCAGUUACAUCCGCCACGGCGAGAACAGUUUCCAAGAUUCGUUUUACAGGCCAUGGCAUCUGGUGGAAUACUUUAGGUACCUAAGAUUUUUCCCCGAGGGUAAAGUCCUAAUGCUAACAUCGACCGACGAAGCACAAGCCUGCGUAAACGCUAUGAAAAGUCGCAACCCACGGAAUCCAUCGGUUCUGGUCGGUCACUAUCGAUUACACGAUAAUUUCGUUACCGUAGUGCUUAAAAAACAGGAUUCCAAGGUAGCCGUUAUCAACAGAAAGAAGAAGAGAGAGCCUACGCACGAACGAACGUUCCAUAUUGAAUUUGAAAUCAAAGACCACUACAAACGAACUAAUUCUCUUUUGAAAUGGUUGGGUUAUACUAUAGUCACGAGGUACGGGAACGAACACGAGGCACGAAUGUGCUUGAAAUGUGCAAUUUCUGGCCGAUAUCCGCCUCUUAAGUUCAGCAGGGUCAAAAGCUACACUCAAGAGAGCGAAGCUCCCCUGCAGUAACACAAAACUAAUUAAUUACGCUGAAACUACGUUGUCGGAGCAGAGAAGAUUUAAUUUCCACAGGUCAGCGUUGCUCGUACGAAUUUCUGUUUCAAGCGAAUAUUUCGGUACCCAUUCUUUUCACAACCGAUAUAGGAGAGUAUUUAUUUUACGUUGCGAAUUCUAGUAUAUUUUCAAGAAUUUUUAUUCACUCGUCGUACAAUCGUUACGCUACAAUUGUCUGUUAAGUUUGAGUUUCACGCAAGCUUUAUCAGUGAGUAAUCGAUGAAUGCGAUCUAUCGUUUCGCGGUGCACUUGUUGCGUGCCUUACGUUCUUCGAAGACGGGUGGUGCUCGUAUUUUCAGAAGUUGUUCGCAUACUUUAUUCGUCGGAUCUCUCGUAGAAUUCAGAGCGACGGUUAAUGGUUUUCACGCUGCAGGUGUACUAAUAAUACUUAAUAUCGAUCAAACUAUAAACUAACUACCGAGGAGCAUGCAGCUUUACUUAAUCGGAACCGCAAGAAUAUAAAACGUACACUGACGCGAUGCUAUCUCGUUUCUAUCGAGGUGGUGUAACGAGACUUCGGUUCUCGCAGCUCUGCUUUUUCUUUUCCAUUAAUUUCAUAUAGGGUUCUACUUAGAAACGCGUACGUUUGGUCGAAUAAGAAAUAAAAGUACGAGUACCGUAUAUCAAUUAAACGUGUACUUCUUGUUUCGUAAUCAUAGAAGAUCUAUCCGCGGUCGACCUCGUUCCAAUACGAUAUAAAUUUCUGCCGGCACUACGCGAGUAACGAAGUUAGAUACGCGAGUAAUCUUGCGACACGGAAUUAAAUGAAAUCGAACGAAUAGUUUGGAACAGUUUUAUUCGUCUAAAUAUAAUACUGACAUUGUGAAGCGAUUUACUUGGAUCGAGAGAAUGAUUGCUCGGGAACACAUCGUGUACAUUGCUGUGAAUGUCUAUAAUAAACUGUAUUUUUGAUGUGCUUA